AAGAAAAGAUCAUUUCGAUUGAAGAGUCAAGACAGCCAGUUGGAUUAUCUUUGGCUGCGUUUGGUGUCUCCAUACAACCCGUGUUGGAACAUGCUAAAUUCAGACACUUUGGGAUCUAAAGUUAUUAGGAAAUAGAACAAAUGACCAAUGUGUAGUUUGCAACGAUUCUACGAUCUCUAAAACGCUGUGAUGGUUAGACGGGGUGUUCCGCGCGAUUUGAAAAUAAUCACCGUGUCAGUCUCAUCUUUCUUAUGCUAAGUAGCUGUCUUUGAAGGCGGAUUUUUUUUUGGUAGGUUAGCCCAGGACGGUGGUGGCGACUAGCUCAAACGAGCAGUGCCAUUAACCACUCUGGUCUGUCUCUGGAGUGCAGUUAGGAAUAGAUCUCUGCUUUGUUUUUAGUAUUACUAAGUCAUUUGCCUAACUCGUUUGCUUGGAUGUGUGGUGGACACUUACCCAAACGCCGUGCUAGAGAAAGAACAGUUUACUGUAGUUGAGUUGGUUUAAGUUACCACCGGCUGGUUCCACUCGUGCUGCGAGACAGGCAUUAUGAUUUCGUUCAAACGUGGUUGAAUCUGUGGAAGCGCCUGAACGUUUGUCUGGAUCGGUUUGGAUAGAUUUUUUUAAUAUCCAAUCAAAGAAAAAACCGAAGCGGGCAGAAACGAAUACUUUUGCGAUAGACAACACACCACUUACCGCAUCCCGGUUUCUUCUACUAUGUUGGAUUAUUCAGGAAAAAACGGAUCCACCUCUAAACAUGGACGUUGUGGUAAGCGACCAAUAUUUUGAGAGGAAAAUAUUGACACUUAUUUGGAAUUGUCCCAGGAGCUAAAAUAUAAAGAAACACGAAAAGUGUCUAAGGAUGAUGUAUUCAUAGACUAUUGUGCAUUUUCAUCCGCGUUUUGGCACGUUCAUUCAACAACGUAUCUGCGGAUAGCUUUUUAGUUUUUCCGGUAGGAAAUGCAACUUUUGUUUUGUCCUAAGUGACAUUUGUGUUGUCAGUAGUUUGCCACUUUAACAACCAAAGAGAAGAGACUAUGCAUUCUGCUGCCAAACGGAGCCUUAUCAAUGUGCUAUUGGUUUGGGUGAGCGGAGGAUGCUUAGCCAUUAGUUCCUUAGAUUCAGACCGGAUGGGUGAAGGGAGAUGUCAACAGAUUGUCAUUCCCCUGUGUAAAGACAUUGGCUACAACAUGACAAGGAUGCCCAAUCUAAUGGGCCAUGAGGACCAGAAUGAGGCAGCCAUUAAGCUACAUGAGUUUGCCCCUCUCAUAGAAUAUGGAUGCCACACUCACUUAAAGUUUUUUCUCUGCUCACUGUAUGCACCCAUGUGCACGGAGCAGGUAUCCACCCCCAUCCCUGCCUGCAGAGUGAUGUGCGAGCAGGCUAGGCAAAAGUGCUCCCCUAUUAUGGAGAAGUUCACCUUCCAGUGGCCAGACUCCCUGGAUUGUUCCAGACUGCCCACCAAAAAUGACCCCAACAACCUCUGCAUGGAGGCUCCCAACAACGGCUCCGAGGAGUCCUCCAAAAGCUCCCACACCCAGCCCCCCGACUUCCGGAUUCACCGGCCCAUCAGUGGCCAGGACCUGCGCCUAAAGGACAAGGAGAGUAAGGAGACCUGCAGCAACCCAGGGAAGUUUCACUACGUACAGAAGAGUGAAUCCUGCGCCCCCAAGUGCUACCCUACCGUGGAUGUAUAUUGGAGUCAGGGAGAUAAGCGGUUCUCUCUGGUUUGGAUGGCUGUCUGGUCAAUUCUCUGUUUUGUCUCCAGCUCAUUCACUGUCCUCACCUUCCUCAUCGACCCCCAACGCUUCAAAUACCCAGAGAGACCCAUUAUCUUCCUUUCCAUGUCCUACUGCGUCUACUCUGUGGGCUACCUGAUCCGUCUGUUCGUGGGGGCGGACAGCAUCGCCUGUGACCGGGACAGCGGGGUCCAGUACAUCAUCCAAGAGGGUCUGGAAAGCACGGGCUGCACCAUUGUUUUCUUAAUCCUCUACUACUUCGGUAUGGCCAGCUCCCUCUGGUGGGUCAUCCUCACGCUCACCUGGUUCCUGGCCGCAGGGAAGAAGUGGGGCCACGAGGCCAUCGAGGCCAACAGCAGCUACUUCCACCUGGCGGCCUGGGCCAUCCCGGCCGUCAAAACCAUCAUGAUCCUGGUGAUGAGGAAGGUGGCCGGGGACGAGCUGACUGGGGUGUGCUACGUGGGCAGCAUGGACGUCAAAGCCCUCACAGGCUUCGUGCUCAUCCCACUCUCCUGCUACCUCAUCAUUGGCACCUCCUUCCUGCUGUCGGGCUUCGUGGCCCUGUUCCACAUCCGCAAGAUCAUGAAGACUGAGGGGGAGAACACGGACAAACUGGAGAAGCUGAUGGUUCGCAUCGGGGUGUUUUCGGUCCUCUACACUGUGCCUGCGACCUGCGUGAUCGCCUGUUACUUCUACGAGAGGCUCAACAUGGACCACUGGAAGGUUCUGGCGGCGGAGCAGAAGUGUGUGAACAGCGAUGGCAACAACGCACAGUCUGAGGAGUGCGGCAUGAAGGGCUCCAUCCCUGCUGUGGAGAUCUUCAUGGUGAAGAUCUUAAUGCUGCUCGUGGUCGGCAUCACGAGUGGCAUGUGGAUCUGGACGUCGAAGACCCUGCAAUCCUGGCAGAAUGUGUUCAGCAGAAAGAUGAAGAAGAGGACGAGGAGGAAGGCCGCUAGUGUGUUCACCAGCAGUGGACCUUAUAUCAAGCCUCACCCUGCGCUCAAAGGGCACAACACAAAGUAUGAGCCCAGCAGGCCCCCUCCCACAUGUGUCUGAGCUGACGCUGUCGUAGACUGUGAAGUCAAAACCUCUUCGAAGCCCUUACCUAAAACAGACUGUAGAAUUCCAGUUCCACAAGGAACCACAAUGUUCAUAUUUAUUUGAAGUACUUUUGAUUUUCUCAAACUGCGAGAACUGCCUUUUUUUGAAAGAUCCAGGAUUCCUGGAGCUACUUAUCAAUUUCAGAGUAUGUUGGGGGAAAACUCUUUUUGUUUCUAAGAGAAAGAAAGUGGAAUAAACCAUUUGGAGGUGUCAUGGGGUUGCUUGAAUAAUGUGCAAUAGAUGUUUUCCUUAUUGGCAAAAAAGACACUUUCUGUGGAAACAGAUUAAAGACAAUGUAAAGACUCCACUGACAAAGGGAGGGAAUGGUUUGGGAGACCGAGACCCUGCAGUGUGGCGUUGUGUGGCUUUUUAAUGGAAAUCAAGGCUGCGCCAUACGUUUGGACUGGAGUGAGGAGCAGCUAUUGAGAAGGGCUCAGGAGGGCAUGGACUGCCUAUUGUGAAGCAAAUUCAAGCCACAAAUAAAUCAACAAGCACUACACUUUGCAAAACUUAAUAUUUGUACAGACUGUUUUCCAUUUGUUUUUUUCUUUGCUGUUUUAUAGCAAAAACGAACAUUUGUACAUAUUUCUUAAAGUUUUUAUUUUAUAAAAAUAAUAAAACAUUCCAGUUUUAAAUAUCCUAUAACUGGAAUUGUGUAUUAUAAUUGUGUGGGUUUUAUCUUUCUUUUGAAUUAGUUCACCUGGGGUUUUACAAAAAAGACACAUUUCUCAAUUUGUAUAUACAUUGGAUGUUUGACAAUAGCUCUUACUAUUGAUUUUUCAAUCAUCCAUUGUAGUCUGAACGUUUGCUUGUUACCGCUUUCUUUUUAGAGAUCAAUGAUGGUCAAUAAUCAAUUAUGCGUUUGAUUGCAUAAAUACAUUGGUGUUUGAAGUUAGCCUUAUUAACACCCAGACUUCUGUGGAUAUGUAAGGGGUGUCCACUGUACCAAGCUAGAAGUACCCAUGCUUAUCUAAAAUAUAGCUUAAAAUAUAGCUUCGAGACCUGGCACACAUGGCUAGUUGAAUUGCAAACAUAAUUGACAAAAUACUUAAACAUCAAUCCAGUUUUGCCAAAAUCAACAUGAAAGAAAAGUUAGUUUGCAAAGUAAGCCAGAUAUGGUGUAAAGGGAUCUACUUUUACCCCUUUUUGAUGUUUUUUGGUUCGCUUAUCGGUGCACAAGCACCUUUUUCCCAUACGAUAAAAUCAAGUCAUAUAAGGUUUUACUGUGCAUGAACUUUCAUAUGCAACACUGUAAUAACUAAACAUGUCAUGUGAUAGGCUUUUCUAUAUUACUAUUUUGUGAUAAACAUUUGAUUAAUAAAAUAAUGAUUUUGCUCUUCUUCCUUAAAUUUAAGGGAUAAUGAUGCCCGCUAUUUUAGCAAGAGGAAGGCAAUCUGAUUUAACUGGUC